AGCUUUAAAACGAAGGAAAUUGAGUGUGGGGGAGCAGAUGGAGGGAUGAGGGUUACGACCCCAAAUUUGGUGAUCCAUCACUAGGUUAACUUUUCCCUUUUCGUAUGAACCCUAGGUAGAUUGUUUCAGAGAAGCAGCAUCCCCUAAUUGCCUUCCCCAACUUCUUGAAUGAGCCCUUCUUUUUCAUCAAACUGAGCUAAGAUAGGCAAAUUUCUGAUACACAAAUUUCUGAGGACAUUGCAAGGAAUUGUGAUGGGUUUCAAGCUCAUUUAUCAAGCUGUGCAUCACAAAGUUGUUGAAGUUGUUGACAGGCUUCCUGGGAUUAUCAUACUGGAGGAACUACCUCGCGUAAGGAUUUGGCCAUCUCAACUUAUGGGAAGUCAAAUCCCUGAAAAAAAUAUUGCCCUCUACUUUUUUUGCAAAAGAUCUUGACAGCUAUGAUACACACUAUAGAGGAUUGAUGAAUUACAUGAUCAGUAAUGAUUUAGCUCUGAAAGGAAUUUUUAAUGGGUUUGAGCUUAUAAUUUUUCCAUCCAACAUUCUGCCUGAGAAAUCCCAGCUUUGGAACCAGAGGUUGUUCUUAUGGGGUGUAUUCAAAGCACAAAAGCAAAGAAAUGGAGAUAUUGUGAAAAGAGGGGCAAUUUAUGUGAAUGCUUAUCCUGAAUGUGACAACGCAGGUGUUGGUGAAAUAAGAUCUUCAGAUGCAAGGCCAGGGUUUGCAGUUGUAGGUGUUAAUCUUGCAGUGCAGGGUAGAAGCACAACAUCAGAAAGUAGUUAUGUUAGGAUUGAGCACCAUGUUAAGGAGCUACCAAAGUCACUCUCUCCUGCACCGCCUUCAACUCAGGAAAACAUGGACCCGCUUGAUUGGCACAUUGCGGAAACUUUCAUUCUUCUCUCUAGGGGCAAGUUUUGAAUGAAGAAAACCUGUUAUUUUUAUACUUUACCCUUUUAUGUUAAUGUGUUUUGUGUGUCACUGGAUGAUAGUGAUAUCAAUAAUCUGUGGAACAUACGAAAA